CAUUUUUUAUACUUCUGAAACUGCCUUUGACUACAACAUCUAUUCCCUUAAAAACACACACGCAAAAUGUCAGAACUUGACCCUUCAUCUGGAUUAGUAGGAAACAUGGAAAAUGGGACUUUUCUGGAGCUAUAUCCCACAUCCCUGUCAACUUCAGUGGAUUCCUCAUCUGGCCGCUUAUCAAAUGUCUAUGUCUAUGUUUCUAUAUUUCUCAGUCUCUUAGCAUUUCUUCUUUUGCUAUUAAUCAUUGCACUUCAGAGGCUGAAAAACAUCAUCUCUUCCAGUGCCUCCUACCCAGAAUACACUAGUGAUGCUGGAAGUUCUUUCACUAAUUUAGAAGUUUGUAGUAUUUCUUCCCAGCGAUCUGCUUUCUCAAACCUUUCUUCAUGAAAAGAAAUGAAGGAAAUACAUUGGGAAUGGAACAACUUUGUCCAGCUUUUGAGGGAAAUAGUGCAUGCAAUGUUUACCAUUGAGGACUAUUAAUCAUGAAAGAGGUGACUUUUAAAGUUCUCUUUGAUUUUUCUUUCUCUUUUUAGUUUCCAUUUCCCCUUUUAUUUACGAUGCUUUUCAUCUUGGAGCAUAGAAAAUGGCAUCUGGUCGUAGCUUCAUGUAUGUACUGGUAAUGCUGCCUUUCUCUCAUACAUAUACACAUCCAUUCAUACCCAUCGUCUUCCUGCCAAAUUUAAAUCUGGUUCUAGGUGGAUGUUCUAAUUCUUCUCUGCAGUUGUAUCCCUCUUACCUGGAUUUCCCUUUGUUAGUGUGUCGUUGACUUUUCACUGGAUAGCGCCUUCUGGACAAGAUCGCUUUCACAAAAAUGCCACCACACUGAUUUAAUAGACAAAUUGGCGCCUUGGCUAAUUUUAAAGUUGUUGGGUGGGGUUUUUUGUUUGUUUGUUUUGUUUUUAAUUGUGAUGUCAUUUCAGUAUUUAAAUUAUGUUAUUAAAACAAAACUAAAAUAAUUCUUUUGUUAACAAACAUUAAUUUUGUCUAUGUAUACCUAUUCAUUGAAUCUUUCUGUAUAAAGCCUCUACAAGUCAACUUUCACAUACACUUUGACAUAUUUGCUUAAUUUUAUUUAGCAAAAGCAACUAGAAUAAAUAUGCACAGUUGUAAACUCAAGCUGUACUGUAUGUUGUAAAGAUAUUUUUAGAACCUACUUGCAUGCAGUUGACAGGACUACCUGCUUCUCAGGGGGAUGGUUUCUGCCUCUGCAUCACAAAUACAGCACACCUCCUUUCCACACUUCAGUGCUACUUUAGCUUAUUGUUAAUGGAGCAAAUACAAUCUGAGCAGCCUUUUCUCUCCUUGAGAGACACAUAAC